GGACCUCCAGUUCUGCCCCUGUCUCAGAGGAGGGGGCCGCAGACCCCUGGGCCCUCCCUGAGCUGAAGAGCAGUGGCCGGUCUCGGAGAGAGCUCAGUGUGGCGGGCAGGCUGCGCCGGGUGGCCAUUGGCCUCCUCAAAGCCUGUGGGAUCCUGGGCAACCUCUACCUCUUCAUCUGCUCCCUGGACAUUCUCAGCUCUGCCUUCCAGCUGCUGGGCGGCAAGCUGGCCGGAGACAUCUUCAAGGACAGCGUGGUGCUGUCCAACCCCGUGGCCGGACUGGUCAUCGGCGUGCUGGUCACCGUCCUUGUGCAGAGCUCCAGCACGUCCUCCUCCAUCGUGGUCAGCAUGGUGGCCUCGAAUCUGCUGACUGUCCAGGCGUCUGUGCCCAUCAUCAUGGGCGUCAACGUGGGCACGUCCAUCACCAGCACCCUGGUGUCCAUGGUGCAGUCGGGGGACCGCGACGAGUUUCAGAGGGCCUUCAGCGGCUCGGCGGUGCACGGCAUCUUCAACUGGCUCACGGUGCUGGUCCUGCUGCCUCUGGAGAGCGCGACCGCCGGCCUGCAGAGGCUCA